CUUCCUCUCUCCCAUCCUUGUCUCUUUUUUAAUUCCAUCUCGUUUAGAGGUCGGACGUGUUGUUUCUGUCUUGCUUUCUCAUAGACAGCAAAUAGAUUUCUCCAUCACCGGCCGCUUUUAGAGCGCAUUUGCGUUGCUGGAACGCAGAUACGUGGGCCGCCACCGUCUUAAUCGCAGAUACCCUCAAUAGAAUUUUUGUUUCGUGCGCUUUAAUCGCCCUCUCCUUCUAUUAAUCCGCCACCAUUUCGUCCAACAAGUCUUUCACUACGCACUCUUCUACCGCAAAAAUGCCUGCUGUCGAUGUUGCCUCCGUCCCCGCCGUCUCCGGCAAGGAGACCGCCGGCUCCGUCGCCCUCGUCGAGAACCUCAUCAAGAACCUCUCCAUCUCCAAGACCCCUGAUGAGGGUAACACUCAUGCCAACAGCCUCGCCACGCUGCUGAACGGCCCAAUCGAGGAGAAGACCGUCCCCCUCAAGGCCGUUGAGUCGCUCAAGAAGCAGCUCGCCAACAAGAAGGAUGCCAACGCCCGAGAGCGUGCUCUCGAGGCCAUCCGCGCCAUCGCCCAGCACUCCUCCGUCGCUCCCGGCGUUGAGCCUCACCUCGUCUCUCUCCUUGGUCCUACUCUGUCCGCCGUCGGUGACAAAAUCACCAGCGUCAAGAAUGCCGCCCAGACCGCCGCCAUCGCCCUCACAAAGGCUAUCAACCCUAACGCCACCAAGGCCGCUCUUCCCUCCAUCAUCAACUCGAUUCUCUCUGCCCAGAAAUGGCCCGAGAAGAUGACUGCUCUUCAGUGUGUGGAGUCUCUCGUCGAGACUGCCCCCGCCCAGCUUGCUUUCCUCGUCCCCAGCUUGAUUCCAGUCAUCUCCGAGUCGAUGUGGGACACCAAGCCUGAGGUCAAGAAGUAUGCCUACGGCACCAUGGAGAAGAUCUGCGCUUUGAUCGUUAACAAGGAUAUUGAGCGUUUCAUUCCCGAGCUCAUCAAAUGUAUUUCAAAGCCUGAAAAUGUCCCCGAGACCGUCCACUUGCUCGGUGCCACCACUUUCGUCACUGAUGUGCACGAGCCUACCCUCGCUAUCAUGGUCCCUCUUUUGGAGCGUGGUCUUGCUGAGCGUGAAACCGCUAUCAAGCGUAAGUCAGCUGUCAUUGUCGACAACAUGUGUAAGCUUGUCGAGGAUCCUCAGAUCGUCGCCUCCUUCUUGCCCAAGUUGAUGCCCGCUCUCAACAAGAACUACGACACUCUUGCCGACCCCGAAGCCCGUGAGAAGACCAAGCAGGCUCUUGAGACUCUCAUCCGUGUUGGUGAUGUCAAGGACGGCAAGAUCCCUGAACUCUCCCAUGCCAGUGAUGUUUCCACCGUCUCCGCCAUUCUCAAGGAGAUCCUUGAGCCCAAAUACAAGGCUCAAAUCGCUGGUGCCGAGGCUACCAUUGACUACAUUUCUGCUAUUGCAGGUCAGUUGAUUGACGAGAAGGUCAUCGAGGUUAUCAUCUGGACCGAGAACACUCUGCCUUAUAUCACUGCCCUCAUUGGCGAGGCUGAUGCCAAGUCAAUCGCUGAAACCCUCCGCAAGCGUGCCUCACCCAACGCCACCGAGGAGGAGGAAGUCCUUAGCGAUGAAGAGGAAGGCGAAGACCUCUGCAACUGCACAUUUAACUUGGCCUACGGUGCUAAGAUUUUACUCAACCAGACCCAUUUGCGUCUCAAGCGUGGUCAGCGUUACGGUCUUUUGGGACCCAACGGUUCCGGCAAGUCUACCCUUAUGCGCGCCAUCAACAACGAACAAGUCGAAGGUUUUCCCAAGAAGGACGAAGUCAAGACUGUCUUCGUCGAGCACGACCUCGACGCUGCCGACACUGAGCAGACUGUCAUUGGCUGGACCCAGAAGAAGCUCGAGAGCGUUGGCAUUAACCUUCCCCAAGAUGCUAUUCAGGAGAAGCUGCUCGAAUUCGGCUUCCUCCAGGAGCAAUUCGAGAACCCCAUCACCUCUCUGUCUGGUGGUUGGAAGAUGAAGCUGGCUCUCGCCCGUGCUGUGUUUGAAGAACCCGAUAUUCUCCUCCUUGACGAGCCUACCAACCAUCUGGACGUCAAGAACGUUGCCUGGUUGGAGCAAUACCUUAUCAACUCUCCUUGCACAUCCAUCAUCGUUUCUCACGACAGCAAGUUCUUGGACAACGUCAUCCAGCAUGUCGUCCACUAUGAGCGCUUCAAGCUCCGCCGUUACCGCGGUACCUUGAGCGAGUUCGUCAAAAAGGUUCCUUCUGCUCGCUCCUACUACGAGCUCGGUGCUUCUGAGAUGGAGUUCAAGUUCCCCGAGCCCGGUUUCCUUGAGGGUGUCAAGACUAAGGCCAAGGCUAUUGUCCGUGUCAGCAACAUGUCCUUCCAGUACCCUGGUACUCCCAAGCCCCAAAUCACCGACAUUACCUUCCAAGUCUCUCUUGGUUCCCGUAUUGCCGUCAUUGGGCCCAACGGUGCUGGCAAGUCCACUCUCGUUAACGUAUUGACUGGUGAACUUAUCCCCACUGCUGGUGACGUUUACCAGCAUGAGAACAUCCGUAUUGCCUACAUCAAGCAACACGCUUUCGCUCAUAUUGAUAACCACCUUGAUAAAACUCCUUCUGAAUACAUUCAGUGGCGUUUCCAGACUGGUGAGGAUCGUGAAACUAUGGAUCGUGCCAACAAGAUCAUCACCGAUGACGAUGAGAAGGCCAUGGACAAGAUCUAUAAGAUCGAAGGUACCCAGCGUCGUGUCAUUGGUAUCCACUCUCGUCGCAAGUUCAAGAACUCGUAUGAAUACGAAUGCUCUUUCGCCCUUGGUGACAACGUCGGAAUGAAGAACGAGAAAUGGACUCCUAUGUCUACUCAGGACAACGCCUGGAUUCCUCGUACCGAAAUUCUGGCUUCUCACGCCAAGAUGGUUGCUGAGGUCGACCAGAAGGAGGCUCUUGCGAGCGGUCAAUUCCGUCCUCUGGUCCGCCGUGAAAUUGAAGUGCACUGCUCGAACUUUGGUUUGGACGCCGAGCUUGUUUCUCAUUCUCGUAUGCGUGGUCUCUCUGGCGGUCAACGUGUCAAGGUUGUGCUCGCCGCUUGCUCGUGGCAACGUCCUCACUUGAUCGUCCUCGACGAACCCACUAACUACCUCGACCGUGACUCUCUUGGUGCUCUCUCCAAGGCCAUCAAGUCCUUUGAGGGUGGUGUUGUCAUCAUCACUCACUCCCGCGAGUUCACUGAGAACCUCACCGAAGAAGUCUGGGCUGUUAUGGACGGAAAGAUGACUCCUUCUGGCCAUAAUUGGAUCCAAGGCCAAGGCGUCGGGCCACGCCUGGCACAGGGCGCGAAGGGCGAUGAAGAAGAGCAGCGAGAUGCACUUGGAAACAAGGUGGACGCACCCAAGAAAAAGGUCAAGUUGACGAGUUCAGAAUUGCGCAAGAAGAAGAAGGAUCGUAUGGCUCGUCGCAAGCGUGGUGAAGAGGUGUUCUCUGAUGAGGACGAGUAAUUGAAGCCAUAAAAAGGGGAUAGGAUAGGUGUCCAGGCGGAGGUGUGGUGUUUUCGAUGAGGACGAAUAGAUUACGCAGGUCCGGGGGACUCAAUUACUUACAUACAUGGUUUCACGGAGUCUGGAUUAAUGAUUAAUGCAUAUUUCCUAUGUUUUUUUAUCCUUUGUCAAGAUCGCAGUCAAUUUUGAUUUUCAUUGCCGAUGUAUUCCGAAUGGGACGGGGUAUGUGGAAGAUGUCUCGUGAAGACGAGUUAAUCCUAAAAAAGGAUGAUGAAUUAGACUAUAUCCUAAAUCGAGUGACUUUGAACAUUA